CCCGGGCUGCCCUGAGCGCCGCCUGAUUGCGCUCGCAACCUCGCCGCACUAGCCCAGGCGGGGCGCCGAGAGAACGCAAAGUCCUGCUUAGACUGGAGGCCGAGGAUCACCCUAGUCUAGGUCAUGUCUGGCCGCCUCGCUCCGGAGGGAGACUGUUGCUCCCGGCGCUGUGGCGCGCAGGACAAGGAACAUCCAAGAUACCUGAUCCCAGAGCUCUGCAAACAGUUUUACCAUUUGGGCUGGGUCACUGGGACUGGAGGAGGAAUUAGCUUGAAGCUUGGCAAUGAGAUCUACAUCGCUCCUUCAGGAGUGCAAAAAGAACGAAUCCAGCCUGAAGACAUGUUUGUUUGUGAUCUAAAUGAACAGGACAUCAGUGGCCCUCCACCGUCUAAGAAACUAAAGAAAAGCCAGUGUACGCCUCUUUUCAUGAACGCUUACACAAUGAGAGGGGCAGGUGCGGUGAUUCAUACCCACUCUAAAGCUGCUGUCAUGGCCACCCUUCUCUUUCCAGGACGGGAAUUUAAAAUUACACAUCAAGAGAUGAUAAAAGGAAUAAAGAAAUGCACCUCAGGAGGGUAUUAUAGAUAUGAUGAUAUGUUAGUGGUACCCAUUAUUGAAAAUACACCUGAGGAGAAAGACCUUAAAGAACGAAUGGCUCAAGCGAUGAAUGAAUACCCAGACUCCUGCGCAGUGCUGGUCCGACGCCAUGGAGUGUAUGUGUGGGGAGAAACGUGGGAGAAGGCUAAAACCAUGUGUGAGUGUUAUGACUAUUUGUUUGAUAUUGCCGUAUCAAUGAAGAAAGUGGGACUUGAUCCUACACAGCUCCCAGCUGGUGAAAAUGGAAUUGUAUAAGCCAAAUGGCAGCUUCAUCAUACACAGAGAUAAGAUUAAACUUAAUUAUUACUUAAUGAAAUGACUAUUUUUUUAAAGAAUUGAAAAUUUCGAUAAUGUUAUUAGUUUGUCCCUGAAUCGUGCACUUGUCAUCCUGAAUUUCUUCUGACAUUGAAUGGUGUUUGUUUAUAUACUUGCAUUUUUAAGUGACAGAGUAAUGGAAUAAAAAUUUUAUACUCAA